AUGUGGUUUGAGGAACGAAGUUGGUCUAAUCUAAAGAUGUCAUCGACGCUUGUAGAGGAGUUGCGUGAUCUCUGGCCCAUUAAAAUUGAUAUGAUUGUCGCAUCGCUUGCGUACGUUUUCGCAACUACCAAUUUUCUCAACUUGCCCGGUCUAAUACUCCAGAAUGGCGGAUUAGCAUUUAUCGCGGCUUAUGGUACAUCAUUACUUGUUUGUGUUUUGCCAGUUAUUGUAAUGGAAUUUUCGAUUGGACAGCUUACUGGACGAGCACCUGUCGAAGCACUUUACAACAUAUGUCCGCUUUUUAAAGGCGUUGGUGUUGCCCAAGUAAUCUUUUCUUUAUUCGUAUUGGCACAUAUGACACGGUACUUGGCGUGGCUUUUGCUUUACCUAUUCCAUCUCUUCUGGGCUAUAUUAGCUGGACGACCAGGCUUACCAUGGUUGCACUGUAGGAGUUUUCCCGAGAUUCAGACAUUACCGUGCGAGGAAGCGGGCUCCGUGGCAAAUUUUACGCAUGCUAGUGUGACAAAACUAAAUACAUUAAGUGCCCAAUCAUCACUUGUUCAGUUCAUGACAAUGUUGGAACGACCAUCGAGUAACAUUGCUGAAACAGGCCAUUUGCAAUAUUACAUUUUUGCUUCUAUGGGAGUUGUUUGGCUAUUGGUCUUUCUAGCCACUUGUUUCGGUGUCCGUUGGCUAGGAAAGGUUGUACAUUUCACCUUCAUCAUGCCUGUCGUUCUACUGUGUUUACUUCUAGUACGUUCUUUAACACUUCAAGGUCUUCCUGAAAUACUGUUGAAAUUUUAUGAAAGCACCGACUGGCAACGAAUGACUGAUUAUCUCAUGUGGAAGACGGCAAUUGAGCAGGCGGUUUUUGCUACCGGAAUUGGUUUCGGGUCUUUUAUUACGAUUGCAUCAUAUAACAAACGGACAAACAACCUUGUUGGUGACGCAUGGAUAAUCCUGUUUGGUCAUAUUUUGUUGACUCUGAUACAGACACUUAUAAUACUUGGAUUUCUUGGGCAUUUAAGUUCUCGACUUGGAUUGCAACCAGUCGAGCUUCUUGAUCGAGGAGAAGCGCAAAUGUGGCAUAUCCUUGCAUAUAUGUCAUAUGUACCGGACAUACGGACAUGGACUGCAAUUCUUCUGUUUAUGUGCAUUUUCGUCUUACUCAACAUUUUUUAUCUUCUCACUUUGAACAUACUGGCGACGUUUGAAGAUGCACUCGGUGAGAAAUCGUCCCGUUGUUUUCCGCGGUUUGUACUUGAUCUCUUCAUCUGUUGCGUUGCUUUUGCCGCCAGCUUUUAUUUUGCUACACAGGGCGGUCGUUAUGCAUAUGAACUAGUUGGUGGCUAUUUGAGAUAUGUGACCUUGUGGAUUAUACUCUUCUUUGAAAUGCUAGCAGUUGGGUGGUUCUAUUGCGCACAUCGUCUUGGUAAUGAUUUGCAUACGAUGCUGCGACGAACAUACUGUUGGUGUGUUGGACAUUUUGUUCUUUAUUUCAUAUACCUUCUUCCAGCUGUUCCUGUGGCAAUAGCCAUUCUGAAUUUGAUUGAUUAUGAUUAUUCGACCUAUUCUUCCGGAAUCCAUGAGUGGAAGUAUUCGGAAGUGCUUGGAUGGACAAUAGCGUUAGUACCGUUGCUACCAAUUCCGUUGUUUAUACAGUUUCGGAUUUUCAGAACAUGUAUCAAAGGACCUGGAAUAACGAAAUGGCAGAAGCUGAAAAACGCAAUAUCAUCUCCUUUGCCUUAUGAAGUUAUUAAGAUGUCGUCACCAUCAGCUAAACGGAGAUAUUCAAGCGAUACACCCGGUUACGUCCUUCUCCCGCAAGCUCCGCUUGCAGAACCAGAAGUUUUCAAUGAGGAUUUCCAAACGGAUACUCAGUUGUCUUCCUUACUCAAUGGGGAUGGAAUCCCUACCAAAUGCCACUACUUGAAUUAG